AUGUAUUAUUCCUUCCAGGCUAUGUGUCAACAGAAUAUCUCCAUGAUUUCUAAAGUCCAUCUGUUAGGAUUUCAUAGCCCACAAAGUCUAAAUUAUGGUCUCUUUACUAUUCUCCUUCACAUCUACUGUCUGACGUUAUGUGGAAACCUCCUCAUGGUAAUUCUGGUGACACACAUCAGAGAACUUCACCAGCCCAUGUACUUUUUCCUCACACAACUGUCUAUAGCUGACGUCUUACUGACCACAGACGUUGUCCCCAGUCUGCUCCACAUUUUACUUAAUAAAAUUGGGGUCAUUUCUUUUGCAGGCUGCAUUGCUCAGUUUUUUAUAUUUGCCUUCUCUGAAGGUUCAGAGUGUUUUCUUCUGACAGUCAUGUCUUAUGACAGAUAUUUGGCCAUCUGUAACCCGUUGCAUUAUACCACCAUCAUGACUCACAAGUUGUGCCUGCAACUGGUCAUUAUAAGCUGGUUAUUGAGUUUUAGUUUGUCAGUGGUUGAGACGGUAUCAACAUCCUCCUUACAAUAUUGUGGACCAAAUACCAUUGAUCAUUUCUUCUGUGACCUGCCUCUAGUACUAGAGCUAUCAUGUUCAGAUACCAGUGGUGUCAACCUGGAAUUUGUAUUAAUAUCUGCCCCUGUACUUUUCUGUGCUUUUAUAAUAAUUAUCAUGUCCUAUAGUUAUAUCAUCUUUGUUAUCCUGGAGAUUCCUUCGUCUACUGGUAGACAGAAAGCCUUCUCCACCUGUAGCUCUCACCUCACUGUGGUCUCCAUAUUCUAUGGAACAUUAUUUGGUGUUUAUAUACUUCCAACCAAAGGCCAAUCAUUGAAUAUAAAAAAGUUUCUAUCAUUGCUGUACACUGUUGGGACUCCACUGAUGAAUCCUGUGAUAUACAGCUUAAGAAACUCACACAUCAUUAAAGCAUUUAGAACAUUUAAACAUCGUUUUUUGCAUAAGAUACAAAUAUAA